AUGCUUCCAGAAGAUAUCAGUAGUCUAGAUUUCUACGUCCUGAGGGUUGAGGGGAGGGAAGAGGUUCAGGUGGGUCGUCUAUGGAGCUCAAUUAGUGGAGGAAAUAUUCCCACUCCUGCUCCUCUAACCAUUAAAACCCUCCUUGCCGUGUCUCCUCAGGGUCAGUACUGUGACAUCUGUCGUCAGGGCGACAGUGAUCGAGCCCAUCCCAUCACCAACGCCAUCGACGGGACGGAGCGAUGGUGGCAGAGUCCGCCGCUGUCACGCAGCACCGAGUUCAACGAAGUCAACGUCACCCUGGACCUCGGACAGCUCUUCCAUGUCGCCUACGUUCUCAUCAAAUUCGCCAACUCUCCUCGUCCAGACCUUUGGGUUCUGGAGAGAUCCGUCGACUUCGGCCAGACCUAUCAGCCCUGGCAGUACUUCGCCUCCUCUAAGAGAGACUGUAUCGAGCGUUUCGGACAGCAGACCAUCGAGAGGAUCAACAAUGAUAACGACGUCAUCUGCACCACUGAGUAUUCUCGUAUAGUGCCGCUGGAGAAUGGAGAGAUCGUAGUGUCCUUGGUGAACGGCCGACCCGGAGCCAUGAACUUCUCGUACUCGCCGGUGCUGAGAGACUUCACCAAGGCCACCAACAUCAAGCUGCGUUUCCUGAGAACCAACACGCUGCUGGGUCACCUGAUGGGAAAGGCUCUCCGCGACCCCACCGUCACACGCCGGUAUUACUACAGUAUUAAAGACAUCAGUAUCGGAGGACGCUGUGUGUGUAACGGUCACGCUGAAGCCUGCAACGCCAAAGAUCCCAACGACCCUUACAAGUUACAAUGCGACUGUCAGCACAACACCUGCGGAGUGUCUUGUGACCAGUGUUGCCACGGAUACAACCAGUUACCGUGGAAACCGGCCACGACCUACAGCGCCAACGAGUGUGAACCGUGUAACUGUCACCGUCACUCCUUCGACUGUUACUACGACCCCGAGGUGGAUCAGAGGACAGGAAGCUUAGAUAUCCACGGACACUACAGAGGAGGAGGAGUCUGCCUCAACUGUCAGCAUCACACCACCGGAGUGAACUGUGAGCGUUGCAUCCCGACUUACUACCGAUCACCUGACCACUCCAUCGAAUCCCCAUUGGCCUGCUCACCGUGCGACUGUCAGCCAGAGUUUACAGACGGGACCUGUGAGGAUCUGACCGGUCGUUGUUUCUGUAAACCGAACUACAGCGGAGAGAACUGUGACUCCUGCGCCAGCGGCUUCAUCAACUUCCCCGACUGUUACCCCGUUCCCACUUAUCCUACAAAUAACAACAACGGCGAAGCCAAACCAGCCGGAGAGAUCAUCAACUGUGAGUGCAGUGCAGCAGGAACAGUUGAUAACUCCUGCAGGCCGGACCCUCGGACUCGAACCUGCAUCUGUAAACCAGGUUUCACUGGAGAUCACUGUGACACCUGCGCUCCGGGUUUCCAUGGACUCAACUGUCAGGCUUGUCAGUGUUCAGGUCCCGGCUGUCUGGACGGGUCAUGUGACUCGUUGACAGGUCACAGUGUGUGUCGGAGUGGUUUCCAAGGUUACGAGUGCGACCAGUGUGCGCCGGGAUACUUUAACUACCCACUGUGCCAACUGUGCGGCUGCAGCUCGCUCGGCUCUCUGCCCGAAGGCUGCGACGCGUCCGGCCGCUGUCUCUGCAAACCAGAGUUUCAGGGUCCUCGGUGUGAACAGUGCAGAUCUGGAUUCCACUCAUACCCCAACUGUCAAGAGUGCACCUGUGAUCCUCGCACCUCAUUGGACACCAGCUGCACUGCGUCGGGUCUCUGCCACUGCCGGCCCAACUACAGCGGCGCGUCAUGUGACCAGUGUGCUCCUGGUUACUACGGUUACCCCAGCUGCACGCCAUGCCAGUGUUCUGCAGAAGGCUCCCGCUACACCAGCUGCGACCAGGUGACGGGACAGUGUGUGUGUCAGCACAGCGUAGUCGGACUGAGUGUGACAGCUGUGCACACGGCGCCUACGGCUUCCCCAACUGCCAAGCUGGAACCUGCCAUCCAGUCGGCUCGGUUCAUUACGGAGUUCAGCCUGAAGCUUCAGGUUUAUGUGAGCGAGGCAGACGUCUAUCUGACUCGUUUCAUCCUCAGAUAUGUAAACUCUGAGGCCGCCACCUCCAACGGUAAAAUAACGGCCUAUCAGGUGAACCGCAGAGGCUCAGAACAGUCCAAGCAGAUCGUGUUUGCUCCCAGCGUGGAGCCGACGUUCCUCAACGUUCCUCAGAAUAACUUUGUGGAGCCGUUCGUCCUGAAUCCAGGAACCUGGACCGUCGUUAUAGAGGCUGAAGGAGUCCUGCUGGAUUACUUGGUCUUGCUGCCCAGUGCUUACUAUGAAGCUCCCAUCCUGCAGAUCAAAGUCACGGAGCCCUGCACCUACAGCUCUGCCUCUGAAGCUAGCCACAACUGUCUGCUGUAUAAGUAUCUAUCUCUGGACUCCUUCCCCUCCGUCUCCGGCAACGACGCCAACUGCCGCAACGACAACCACCUGCCUCGACCCUGCCCCACCGAAAAGGUCACGCCUCGCCACCCGGACAUGGCCGUCUGCAGCGGCUACGAUAUCAGCGUGGAGCUGCGGACCCGGCUGCCGUCACCAGGCGAGUACGCGCUGGUGGUGGAGUAUUCCAGCGAGGAGGAAGUGCCACAAACUCUGACUGUUUCCGUUAACAUGCCGGGAGCGAGGACGCAUCACCAUCGCAUCACUCUGACGCACUGCAAGUACAGCUUCCUGUGUCGAGUCGUAGCCAUCGACGGACAGAACAGAGUGGCCGUCUUCUCUCUCCCCGUUGACGCUGAGAUCCACCUCACCUCCGACCGCGCCAGCUUCUUCCUGCAUAAAGUUCACCUGGUGCCUAAAGACCAGUUCAGCAUGGAGUACGUCGAAGCUAAAGUCCACUGCAUCAGCACACACGGACAGUUCUCACCUGACAGUUCCUCCUGUGUCCCCUCGCGCUUCCAGACACCGUCAGACUCUCUGGUCCUGAAGGAGGGUCAGAGCUCCUCGGUGCAGGAGCCGGUCCUUGCUUACCCCCCCGCCGCCGCUCCUCCUCUGAACAUCUACCACGGCGAUGAGCCGGUCUGGACGGGAGGACACAGACCUCUGUAUGGAGCCGAUAACAGCGACCACGUCAGGCUGGACUCAGUGCAGAAUGCAGCGGUUUACUCGACGCGUGUCCACACUCUGGGCCGCUACGUCUUCAUCCUCCACUAUCACCAGCCGCUCCACCCAACCUAUCCUGUCCAGGUUUACAUCAACGGGGGACGAAUCUGGCAGGGCCACUCCAACGCCUCCUUCUGUCCUCACGCGUACGGCUGCCGUAGCGUCCUGGUCUCUGAGAGUCAGAUCAUUCUGGAUGUGACUGACAACGAGGUUUUCCUCACGGUGCAGAUACCUGAAGGCAAAACACUGUGGCUGGAUUAUGUGCUGGUUGUUCCUGAGAGCAGCUACAGCUCCAGCUACCUGAACGAGGAGCCUCUGGAUAAAUCCUACGACUUCAUCAGCAACUGCGGCCAAAACAGCUUCUACAUCAAUCCUUCCACAGCCUCUCCGUUCUGCCUGAGCUCGGCCGUGUCUCUGUCAGCGUUCUUUAAUAACGGGGCGAUGCCGUGCGCCUGCCACGAGGUCGGAGCCGAGAGCGACACCUGCGAGCAGUUCGGCGGUCAGUGCCGCUGCAAGCCUCACGUGAUUGGCCGAGACUGCUCCAUGUGCGCUACGGGCUACUGGGGAUUCCCCAACUGCAGACCGUGUAACUGUGGUACGAGGUUAUGUGAGCCGGUGACCGGUGACUGUAUCUGCCCUCCGAGGACCGUCCAGCCCGACUGCACCCAGUGUGAGCCGCAGACGUUCGGCUGCCACCCGCUGGUUGGGUGCGAGGUCUGCAACUGCUCUCGGCCUGGAAUCACCAACCCCGACGUCAGCUGUGACACGCAGAGCGGACAGUGCAGAUGUAAGAACAACAUCGUCGGCCGCCAGUGUGACCGCUGUGCCCCCGGUUUCUAUGGUUACCCCAACUGCAGGCCAUGCGACUGCAACGAGGCGGGGACAGAAGAGGAAGUGUGCGACUCCUUCACAGGACAGUGUCUCUGCAAGGAGAACGUUCAGGGUUCUCGCUGCGAUCAGUGCAGAGUUGGUACGUUCCACUUGGACCCGACCAAUCCGAAGGGCUGCACCAGCUGCUUCUGCUUCGGAGCCACGGACCGCUGCCGCAGCUCCGACAAGAGACGCACCGAGAUCAUGAACAUGGAGGGCUGGACGUUGGUCGGAGCAGACAAACAGGAAGUGCUGGCGACGGUGUAUCCGGGUCAGGACCUCGUAGAAGCCGACCUCAGCGACGUACCGGACGUUUACCAGGAUCUCCACUGGCACGCUCCGAAGACUUACCUGGGAGACAAGGUGUCGUCCUACGGAGGUUAUCUGAGGUAUCGUCUCCACACUCAGACCAUGAGAGGAGAUGUGUUGUCUCUGCCUGCAGAAGCCUCCAGGCCUGAUAUCAUUCUCAAGGGAAACCAGAUGACGCUGGUGUUCAUGGAGAGAGAAUACUCCGCACCUGAAGAGCCUCACCUGGGGAUAGUUCACAUGGUCGAGGGGAGUUUCCGUCACGCUCAGACGGGUAACUCUGUGUCCCGUGAGGAGCUGAUGAUGGUGCUGGUCGGUUUGGAGUCUCUGCAGAUCCGAGCUCUUCACUCCCAGUCGGCACACGCCGUGUCGCUCCGCGGAGCCGUGCUGGAGGGAGCCGAGAACCUGCCGACCGGUCGCCAUGCCAACAACGUGGAGAUCUGCAUGUGUCCCGCCAAUUACCUGGGAGACUCGUGUCAGAAAUGUUCUCCAGGUUUCUACAGAGACACCAUCGGCCUGUUUUUGGGGAAGUGUGUUCCCUGUAACUGUAACGGACACUCUGAUCAGUGUCUGGACGGAUCAGGAAUCUGUCUGAACUGCAGACACAACACGGCUGGCGACCACUGUGAGAAAUGCCAGGGCGGUUUCCUUGGCAACAACAGUCUGGACGGACAGGCGGUGUCAUGCUCCAGUUGUCCCUGUCCGCUGAGAGUCCCGUCCAACAACUUUGCAGAAGGGUGUGUGCAGAAGAGCGAGAGGAUGCAGUGUCUGUGUAUGCCGGGUUACGCUGGACCUCACUGUGAAAGGUGUGCCCCCGGUUUCUACGGCAACCCCAUGGUGCUGGGCAGCAGGUGCCAGCCGUGCCACUGCAACGGCAACACCGACCCCAACAUGCUGUUCACCGACUGCCACCCGCUGACCGGCGAGUGUCUGAGCUGCAUGCACGACACGGCCGGGCCGCACUGCGACGUCUGCGCUCCCGGUUACCACGGAGACGCCAUCGUUGCUAAGAACUGCACCAAGUGUAAUUGUUCUCCAUGUGGAACUGAGUCAUGUGACCCUCAGACCGGUCAGUGUCGCUGUAAACAGGGAGUCACUGGACCACGCUGUGAACGCUGCGAGGACGGCUCUUUCGGUUUCGACUCGUGCUCCGGCUGCCGUCAGUGUGACUGCGAGGCGUCGGCCGCUCUCACCCAGCCGUGCGACCCUCGGAGCGGGCAGUGCGCCUGUCGACCCGGAGUCAACGGACCCAGCUGCAAACAGUGUGCUCCAGGACACUGGGACUACGGACCCAACGGCUGCAAGAAGUGUAACUGCAGAGGCGGUCGCUGUGACCCUCGGACAGGAGAGUGUCGUUGUCCUGACGGGAUGACGGGAAAACAGUGCGACACCUGCGCCAACAAAUACAGCAUGCCGACCGAGGACCAUCACGGCAUGCACUGUGAACCGUGUGACAGCUGCGUCAUCGUCCUGUUGGAAGAUCUGGACAAGAUGAACAAGGACUUCACCUCCGUAGCCGCUCAGCUUCGUAACCUCAACGCCAGCUCCAUCGCCUGGGCUCAGCUGGACAACCUCAACAAAACCAUGGAGGACAUGGCCCGAGCCAUAGAGAACUACAACAGUUCGCUGGAUGAGAGCAGGAGCCGAGCCGACCUGCUGGACGCUGACGUCAUGAACAUUAACGCUGACAUCGAUGAACUGCAGGAUAAGGCGGCAGCGAUGACUAACAGGGCCGAUGAUUUGCAUGACAGUACCACCAACACACACCAGAGGGCGCAAGACCUGCUGUCCUUCAUUAACAACAUGACCAUGGAUAUUAACGACAUGAUACUGACGGCGAACCGCUCGUCAGUGAACGACACGGAGGUGACUCAGGACGUGGCUCAGAGAGAGAGGAUGAUGAGGGAGGUGCAGGCCAUGCUGAGGGAGAUGAGGUACCGCAGCUGUGUGGGACAGAAGAAACUGGCCGAUAAAGAGAAGACGGAGGCUGAGAAGUUGUUUGAUCGAGUUAAUAAAGAGCUCGCUGGUCGUCAAGGAGGAAACGAAGAUUUGGCCAAAGCCAUCAAAGAGCGUCUGAACGAGCUUCACUCUCAGAUGAUGGACCUGCGAGACGCUCUGAACGAAGCCGUCAACAAAACGGCCAGAGCUGCCGAGAUCAACAACGUCAACGAGAAGAGUCUGGAGGACAACAAGAGGAGGAUUGAAGACUUGUCGUCCAAGCAGAAGGAAGUGACCGAGGAGUUGCAGAUGGCCGAAGACGACGUCGCCCAGGUCAACGAUUUACUGUCGAUGCUGCACGACUCCAAAGAGGAGUACGAGCGUCUGUCGGCCCAGCUGGACGGAGCCCGGACCCCGUUGAUAAAGAAGGUGCAGGACUUCGCGUGGGUGGACUCUAAGAUCCCGCUGGUGGAGGAAGCCGAGAGACACGCAGCGCUGCUCAACGCGUUAGCCAUGAAUCUGUCCAGUUUGGUUGCAGACACAAAGAAGGAGGGAUUAGUGGACGUGACUCAAUCCUACAACAAGAUCAUUAACAACAUUAAGAAGGCAGAGGAGGCCGCCAACGCUGCUAAGAGGGCUGCUAACGACGCCCUGGAGCACAUACAGGACCAGGACCUCGCUCAGAUCGCCAACUCUCUGAAGAACCACAGCAUUGAGCUGAAGGAAGAUGUUGAAAGGUUAAAUGAUGAACUCAACAACGAUCUGAAGCCUCAGCUGGAAGAUGCUCAGAAGAGACUCUCCGACGCCAAAACCAAAAAGGAUCAAGUGAAGAAAGACCUGGAGACGGCUCAGAGGAACCUCAACUUCACCACAGACGUGAGCGAGGAGAUCGACGCGGCGAAGCGAGCGGCGAACCAGGCGAACACCACGGCGACGCAGGUCAACGAUGCGCUGCGUCCAAUCAAAGAGCAGCUGGACAAAUGGCAGAAGGCGUACGGCGACGCCAACGCCACCAACGAUGACAUCAACAACGCUCUGAUGGAGGCCAACAAGACCGUGAGCAUGCUGGGAGACACUAUUCCUCUGCUCAUGAAGAAGCUCGACAAGCUGCAGAGUCACUCGGUUCAGAUGCCGAACAUCUCCGAGGACAUCAGCCGCAUCCGACAGCUCAUCCAGCAGGCUCGCAACGCUGCCAGCAAGGUGGGCGUACCGAUGAAGUUUAACGGAGACUCCAGUAUUCAGGUCCGUACUCCUCCUAAUCUGGCCGAUCUGGCCGCCUACACCUCCCUGAAGUUCUACAUCACUCUGCCGGAGUCGGCACGGUCCAGGAGGCAGGACGACAGCGUCAAGCAGUUCGUCUUCUACCUCGGCAACAAAGAUUCCACUAAGGAGUUCCUGGGCAUGGCGUUGGAGGGGAAGAGACUGCGUUGGUACUUUAACAUCGGAGGAAGCACUGCUGAGGUGCUGAUGGCCGAAGACGUCAAGUCUGAUGGGAAGUUCAACAACAUCGUGCUGGAGAGGAUCAUGCAGUACGGUCAGAUGUCCAUGUCCUCAGAAGCCGAGGGCGAUCAGAGAGUCACCAAAGCCAACGUGGAGGCGGGAGGAGAUCAGGGGCUGCUCAACCUCCUCACUAGCAACACCGUCUUCUACGUGGGAGGAUACCCCAAAACCUUCAAACCUCCCGCUCCGCUCGCUCUGCCGAACUUUAAGGGCUGCAUCGAGCUGGAAACGCUGAACGAGGAAGUGCUCAGUCUGUACAACUUUGAGAAUAACUACAACCUCAACACGACGGAGGACAAACCCUGUGGCAGGUCGAAGCCGGUGCUGACUCAGGCCUGGGUGAACGACGGGGCGUUCUUCGACGGCACCGGAUACUGCAUGGUUACCGUUGACGACGAUUCGAAUCGCAUUCAGCGCUUUGAACAGGAAAUCAAACUGCUCUCACACAACGGCAUACUGCUCCUGAUGGAAACCGGGACUCAGUUCCUGUGUCUGGCGGUGCGUCAGGGCAGACUGAAGGUUUAUUAUGAUUUCAGUGGUACUCUGGAGGAGCUCAGUCCUUUAAAGCCUGACCCAGACCUCCAGAAGGUCAGCGACGCAGAGGCCAAAACGCUGGAGGUCAUCAUCAUCCGCAGUCCCUCGCAGCAGGUGGUGGUGAGAACGGGCCGCACCGUCCUCUACAAGCACACAUUCACUAACAAACUGCCAGCGUUGGGCAGCAGCUACUAUCUGGGAGGAGUCCCCGAAAACAAGAUGCCACAAAAGCUGAAGACGGUGUUCCCUAAGCAGCGCUCUCUGAAGGGCUGCUUCAGGAACGUGAAGACCAACGGCAACCACGUGGAUCUGAAGAGGAUGCCCAACUCUGGAGUCAGCUUCGGCUGUGACAGCGACCUGCUGGUGGCUCGUGAGGCUCAUUUCUCCGGGCAGAGCUACCUCGGUCUGGCUCUCUCAGACAUUUCCAGCGUGAAGAAGAACUUCUACGCCGGCUUCAGCUUCAGAACGGAGCAGAAGAGCGGACUCAUGUUCCACCACCACGAUAAGGAAGGAGCGUGCCAGGUGCUUUUGCAUGACGGCCACAUCGUGGUGAGAGCCGGCGACCGUGAAAUCAAGACCCAGAAGACGUACAACGACGACAACAGCCACUACGUCGCCAUCUACAGCAACGACGUCGGGAUGCGUGUGUACAUGGACGACAUGCUGGAGAAGGCGAAGGAGACUAUCAGGGUGGGACGAGAGCAGCAAACCAAGGGUAAGCACAAGAAGCCGUCGGGGGGUUCGUCUCGUAGUCGUAACACCAGGGAGUCGUGUCAGGGUGAGACGUCUCAGCAGGAAGUCGGAGCGACUCACUUCAGCGGCUCGUCACACAGCUUCCUGAGAUACGACGCUCUGCCCAGCUCACUCAGCUCCAUGCCUCACAUCUCCAUGUCAGUGAGGAUUAACUCCUCUGACGGUUUGGUGCUCUACGUUGCCGGCGGUCACCGAGCCGGAGCUGUGAUGUCACUCAGCGUGUCGGACGGCUACCUGCUGCUCUUAUUGGACGGAGGGAAGAGGAAGGUCAGCCUCCGCAGCCGCAGGAAGUACAACGACGAGCAGUGGCACACGGUGUUUAUAAAGCGUGAAGGAGAGAGGAUCAGUCUCAUCGUGGACGGUAUCAACGCUCAGUCUAAGAAACUUUCAGGAGGAGACAGAAGUCGUCUCAGUGGACCGUUAUACAUUGGAGGAGUCCCGGCUUCUCUCACGACUCCGGGCUCUGGAGGAUUCGUGGGUUGCGUCAGGGACCUGACACUAAACGAGGCCCCCGCAGGAAGUCCCGCCCACAGUCAGGGGACGGUGCCUUGCUUCCAAAACCCUCUGCAGCCGGGAGCGUACUUCUCUGGACAGGGAGGACACAUGGUGAUAGAUGAGUCCUUGGUUCUGGGUCGGGAUUUGGAGAUCCAGCUGGAGGUUCGGCCCGUGUCGGACUCCGGGCUGCUGUUGCAUGCUGGGAAGUCAUCUGACCAACACCUGAGUUUGGUGCUGAGCCACGGAGAGGUGACAGUUACAGUGAACAGCGGUAAAGGUGAAUUUUCUACCUCGUUCACUCCUGAAGAGGCUCUGUGUAACGGACGCUGGCACAUUAUCAGAGUGGUGAAGAAGAACAACGUGCUGCAGCUCCACGUGGACGCGGCCAGCGAGCACAGCGUAGGCCCCAAACAGAACCGCUCAGCUGGAGCCAAGGAGACCGUUUACCUCGGAGGAGUUCCUGAUGGCGUCACAGUGCCUUCUCUCCCCUCCGGCUUACCCUCCUUCCAGGGCUGCAUCCGCAAAGCCUCCAUCAACCACAGACCGGCCAUGCUGUCCAAACCGCUCGCUGUACACGGAGCGGUGGGGACGCAGGGCUGCCCACACAUGUAGACACACACACACACACACACACACACACACACACACACACACACACACACA